GGACAAAGAGAAAGAUUGAAAUCAAGAUACGCGAGACAAAGGAGCAACGAUCGGUGGCUUUCUCUAAACGCUCUUCUCCAAAGCCGCCGAUCUCUGCCUUCUAUCAUCGCCGUCCUGGUAACCUCUCUGGCCGAAAAUUCCGACGUUGUUUUCUCCUUCUCCGGCUACUCUUCCGCCUCCGAAAUUGCCUAUUGCUACCUUAACGGCGGCAAGUUUCAUCCUCCAAAGGUUAACCCCCAAUCCAAAUUAGGGUUUGGGUGGGAAGACCCGAAUCUUUACCAUUCUUGUGACGAAGUGGGCGAAUCAAGCGGAUCUUUAUCGCAAUUUGUUUCCGAUCAAAACCCUAACUCUUGGUCUCCAUCGCCUGCACAAUUUGCUUCUUCUUCUGAUCAAACACAAACAGAGACACAGGUGAGAAAGGAGACCAAACCAUCUUGUUCGUCUGCUGUGUACAAGAGACGAGAGGCGACGCUGGUCAAGAAAUCUUACGAACUCUCCACGCUAUGUGGUAUCGAUGUCUGCAUCAUAUGUUACGAUCGUGAAGGGGAACUCAUCAAGACAUGGCCCGAGGAUAGAGACAUGUCCGAGCGAUUCAGCAGAUUAAGCGACAAGGAAAAGAAGAAGAAAAGCGUCGACCUUUCUCGGUUCCUAAAUAAGAUGGCAUCAAACGACAAGAAAGUGUCGGAGGCUUCCUUGGAAUGCCGUACGAAUGUGGUUUCAAAAAUGAUCAAUGUCGGUGGGUAUGAGGAUCAGAGCUUUUGGGAUAAUCUCUACAACGAAGAUGCGUUUGGACUUAACAACAACUUUCAGGCGAACACAACCACCGACGAUUACAUGAUCGAUGAUUUCAGGAAAAACGAAGAAAACCUACACUUAGGCUCACGUGUCUGCUGUUCGUAUAAAUACUAUGGGCCUGUUCUUCUGGAAUUGGCCACAAAGCAGUGCUCGUUCUUAGAUGAAAUCCCGCCACAUACUAUGUCGAGAAGGCUACAGCCUUGUCUGCACGAGGCAAGCUUUGGUCCUGGAUACAAUUCCUGUGAAUCAUAGUGUAAAGGACAUCGCAUGCUUUACACUAGAGGUUGAAGAUUUUUCACCAGUGGCUUCCUUAGCAUAAAUCUCUGCCAAAAACUAUUGCAGCGGAAGCGUGGUGGGGCCAUAACCCACAGGUCCCAGGAUCGAAAUCUGGUUCUGCUAUCAAAUUGAAACGCCCAAAUUCGGAUAUCCGAACUGCAGUAAGAAUUUAACUGCAGAAUAAGAAGUUAUCCAAAAAAAUCUAAGUUAAAAGACGUUUCUCAGCGAUAUCCGUCCCUUUAACCCAAUCCACAGCAUGUUAGUCAAUUUCUCGAGUGCCAAUAACUGUUUCUGCAUUUUUUACUCGAUACAUUUGUCUUAGCCGAA